AUGGCACUCUGUAGCUUGGAGAGCAUUUUUGUUUAUGAAGCUUUAAUUGAAAAUGAAGCAAUCAGUGGGAGCUGCUCUGGAAAAAUACACAAUGAAGAUGGAGAGAAGCCCAAUGAAGCAACUGAUGCCAGCCGGAGAAGUGACGCUCAUCACGGACCUUCGAGUCUCCGGAAGGCAGAUGACACGAGUGACAGUCGCGAGGAUGAGCAGAAGGUGAUAGGCCUAGGCCAUCUAGAAGAGCUGAAUGGAGAUGACGGCCAGUAUCUUAAACAACUGAAGAAGUUCCUCAUCGAUAAACAAAACCUUUUGCCCUGGAAGUCAGAGUACAAAGGCCAGGCUAAUCUCCACGUGUUUGAGGACUGGUGUGGAUCCGCCGUUUCCCAGUUGAGAAAGAACCUGCACUUCCCGCUUUACCCCCACACACGAACGGUGGUAAAGAAGCUGGCUGUGGCCCCCAAGUGGAAAAACUAUGGACUGCGCAUUUUCGGGUACAUUCAUCCACCCACAGAUGGUGAUUUCCAGUUUGCCAUUGCCUCUGACGACAACUCCGAAUUUUGGCUGAGCUCUGAUGAGGAUCCUAUGAAUGCCAGACUCCUGGUCUUUGUUGGAAAGCUGGGCUCUGAGUGGACAGCUCCAGGGGAGUUCACCAAAUUUCGAUCUCAAGUUUCCAAGCCGGUCCACCUCAUUUCUCUGAGACGCUACUUCUUUGAGAUUCUCCACAAGCAAGACGAGAAGGGCUCGGACCACGUCGAGGUGGGGUGGCGCCCUUUUCUACCUGGUCUGAAGUUUGAAGUCAUUGAUUCCUCGUAUGUCUCACUCUACACAGACGAGUCCUCCUUGAAGAUGAACAGCGUGGAGCACAUCCCCCAGACGUAUGCCAGCCACGCCAGAGUGCGCCCGGGCAGCCGAGGAGAAAGCCGGCACGGCGCCGACAUGCUCAAGCCCGAUCCCCGCGACACCUUCUUCCUCACUCCUCUGAUCGACGCUUCACGUCUCAAGAACGUGCUGCCAGCCUGCCUCUACUCGCCCACUUAUGUGGUGAAGGAUUUCCCCAUCGCUCGCUACCAGGGACUGCAGUUUGUGUACCUCUCCUUUGUGUAUCCCAACGACUUUACCCGUCUGACACACAUGGAAACGGAGAACAAGUGCUUCUACAGGGAAUCUCCUAUAUACCUCGAGAAAUUUGGAUUUUAUAAAUACAUGAAGAUGGACGAAGAGGAGGAUGAUAGGCCUUUCUUCUUUCCAAAUCCAGAUGAUUUUCUGGAAGAAGAGGAAGGGAUCGAUCCAGAAAACGAAUCUCUGCCAACUGAUAAACCAGCAGUCACCUUCAAGACAAAUGCCACCUCGGCUCAGCAGCAUUUAUCGCCAAGAGACAGAAGAAGAUCAGUUGCUGACUCGGGAGUUGACUAUGGGGAUGAUGAUGUUGAUUACACCUUCAGAAGCAGGCAAAAAGCCAAUAGCGCCAAAGACUAUGAUGGCAAAGAGGGGCAGAAAAGCCCAUCUGAAGUGACAUCUGAUCACGCUGGCAACCAGGAUGAUGUGGAUUUCAACCAACCCUCAAUAGUUCGAGGAAAAUCACUCUCCUGGAUUAGGACAGGCCCAGAUGACCUGAACAAGAGGGCAAGCGACUUACUGGUGGUGCCCAAAAAUACCAAACCCAACUCGCUUCCGCUGUUGACCCACCGGGCCAAGCAGAUUCUUACCAAUUCUGCCCAUGCCCCCCUUUCUGGAGUCACCAAUUCUAAAGAUACAAAGAAAGAGCAGAACAAAGUCUACAUCACUCGGCCGCGGCCCAACCGGAAAAGCACCCCACCUCGGCAGCCACGUGAGGUCUUUCCUGGAAUGUUCCUCUACCAGAUUGGCAAAACGACUAAGUUAGUGAACCUUGGCACCAAGCUUGGUAAGAAGGGAUUGACAAAUGCCAUUCAGAUGAAAAAUAAGUACCCUUUUAGAGAGAGCAGAUCUCCUUGGCUGGACAAUAAUGACACCAAGGAUGGUUUACCGGGGAGAAAGUCCUCCACGGGUGCUGUAAUCUGGGAUUCUCAGCAUAAAAAGGAUGAGGCACAUGAUAAGGGUGUCACAACAUCAGUGCCUACUAACCCGCUGUUUAGCCAGGAGAACUCCCUGCCAUCUUCCUUGAAUAAACCAAAGACGGACUACAAUUCCUCCAUAAAUACCCUUCCCUCGGAAGCCAGAGUGACAUCCUAUAUGAAAACCUCAGAGAUUACAGAGUCUCAGCUGCUGGAUGCAGAGCCGGCCGAUGGAGCUGAGGAAGGAGGUUUAUCUGAUUACAGUUAUGAGGACUCUGACAUUCGGCAGCCUUGGGUCGAGGAGGCCAUUAACUGGCAGCGCACAUUCACCGUCAACACCAUGGACUUUGAGCUACUGCGAUCAGACUGGAACGAUCUGCGCUGUAAUGUCUCUGGGAAUCUACAGCUAAGUGAGUCCGAAGUUGUGGAUGUUCUGGCGCAGUACAUGGAGAAGCUCAACGAGAAGAAUGGAGGGAUUUACACCCUCCUGAGGAUCAUCAACGUAGAGAAGCGGCGGGACUCUGCCCGAGGAAACCGCUAUCUGAUUGAGUUGGAGCUGAUGGAGCGGGGCAAGCGAGUGGUGCGCCUGUCGGAAUACGUGUACAUGCUGCUGCACCGCAGUCGACAAGAGGACAGCCUGGAGGCCAAUGAGGGCAUCACUACUACCACCGCUGCCGCUGGCAGCCCAGACCACACCACCAUACAGUGGAGCACCGGAUACAGCAAGCCGCUGCUCUGCCAGCCAGUCCGGCUACAGUGGAGACACGAUGUCAUGGUGCACUUUGUGGUGCCAGUGAAAAACCAGGCUCGCUGGGUGCAGCAGUUCAUCACCGACAUGGAGCUCCUUUACCAGGAGACCAAAGACGACAACUUCAGCAUCAUCAUUGUGGACUUCGAGAGUGAUGACAUGGACGUGGAGCAGGCUCUGAAGGACAGUAAAGUCCCCCGCUAUCACUACAUGAGGAAAGAGGGCAAUUUUGAGCGGUCAGCUGGACUACAAUCUGGAGUGGACAGCGUUGAGGACAGCCACAGUAUUUUGUUCCUGUGUGACUUGCACAUCCACUUCCCCUCCAACAUCUUGGAAAGCAUCAGGAAGCACUGUGUGGAGGGCAGGUUGGCCUAUGCCCCCAUCGUCAUGAGGCUGGCCUGCGGCAGCUCUCCUACGGAGCCAGAUGGCUACUGGGAGGUGAAUGGAUUUGGAUUAUUUGGCAUCUACAAGUCUGAUUUUGACAAGAUUGGAGGGAUGAAUACAAACGAGUUCCGCGAUCAGUGGGGCGGCGAAGACUGGGAGCUGCUGGAUCGCGUCCUUCAAAAUGGCCUAGAAGUGGAGAGACUGCGGCUCAGAAAUUUUUUCCAUUACUAUCACUCCAAACGAGGCAUGUGGAAUUCCCAAGUGAAGAAAGGCCAGAAGGGCUAAUGAGUGCGCCAGACUCCGACUCCUGGCAGGGGAAAGAAAGCAACUUACAGAAGGAGAAAACAAAAUGAGAAUAAAAAAUAAGAGCCACCCUACCUGCAUGCUGCACCAGGCAGUCUUGAUGGACGACCGAGUCGCGUCGAGGACCCUUUGGCUAAGUACCAGCAAGAAGGACGCUUUGUCUACUGCCCUGAAAUGAGUAACGCAUUGCAUCUGUUGUAGCUGCUUUCAGUUAUUUAAUCAGUACUCAAGGAAAUUUUACUUUUUUUAAAGAAGAAUUAUUUAUACAAAAAAAAAAUCUUUUUGUUGAGAUCGUCAAUAUGGAUAACAACUCCAUUCUAACAAAGCAAGAGCAACUGCACUAUUGAGGAGUGACUUGCUAGGCCCAGGCCACCCUGGGUUAAGUAAACUGGAAGGAACGAACUCUCAGUCUCGCUGUCUACAUGGAGCUUGGCUGGUCUUUCACUUGGGCAGAGAAUGCACGGUGGCACUUAAAUGGCAGUUUCAUUUCUCGCUGGGAUGCCUUCCAAGGAGUUUGAAUGUUUUUCCCCCUUAACCGAACCCAACCAACUCAAGGGUUUCCACCCAAAAGUCCAAAGACAUGCUGUCAGGUUUACUGGUGACUUUAUCGGAUGUAUCUGUGCCCAGUGAUGGAUUGGCAUCCCCCUGCAACAGUGGUUCUCAAAGUGUGAUCCUCAAGGUGACAGCCAUCAUACCGUUUGGCUCAGAUUCGUUAUUCCGUUAUGUGCUGCCGCCCAACCUUUGCGGCCCUACAUGAACUUUCCUGUUGUUCGGGCCACCGAGUCCGAUUCUCAAAAGGUUAUGACUUAGGGGUUUUGGAACACGCAGAGUCGAUUCAUUUUGUUUUCAUUAUUUUGCUGACACUUGUGUGCAGCCAUCUUGUAUUUGGUUCUUGAUUGUGUUGUGAUAGGGAGUACCAGACAUGGCAAAAAUGGUGCGAGGCUACUGAAGUGUUUAACAAAAGGAAGGCUAGGACCUUCACUAACCUACCUGGAAGGAGAGAAGAUAGAUAGACAGACAGACAGACAUGGAAGGUACUAUAUUAGAACAUUAGA